AUGAUCACCGAAACGCCAAUCGAUUGUUUUCUGCCUUCUUGGUGGGAACUCCAAGUAACCGUCGCCGCCGCCUUCUUCGUCAUUGCCGCCUACUGGUUUUUCACAUACGUCGGUGCCGCCGAUCGCUCACUGCUUGAUAAACCCGCUUCUGUUUCCCCUGAUGACAAGGACAAGAUGGGUCAACCAAAGGGAGAUCAUCAUACCAACAAUUCUACUUAUAUCAUCAAGGUUGAGUUGUUGGCAGCUAAAAAUCUUAUUGGUGCCAACCUUAAUGGCACAUCAGAUCCUUACGCAAUCAUUACUUGUGGUACAGAAAAGCGAUUUAGUUCAAUGGUUCCUGGUUCAAGAAAUCCAAUGUGGGGAGAGGAAUUCAAUUUUUCUGUAGAUGAACUUCCUGUAAAGAUUAAUGUGACAAUAUAUGAUUGGGAUAUAAUCUGGAAAAGCGCAGUUCUGGGUUCGGUGACUAUUCCCGUUGAAAGCGAAGGACAAACUGGAGCAGUGUGGCAUACUUUGAGUAGCCCAUCAGGGCAGGUUUGUCUCCAUAUGACAACACAGAAAUUCGCUGUCACCUCUGCCAGGAGUUUGAAUGGGUAUGGUCAUGGUGGUCGAAGAAGGAUCUCCACAGACAAUCAAGGACCAACGGUGGUACAUCAGAAACCCGGGCCUUUACAGACUAUAUUUAAUCUCCUUCCAGACGAGGUUGUUGAACAAAGCUAUUCGUGUGCAAUGGAGAGGUCGUUUCUGUAUCAUGGCCGUAUGUACGUUUCUGCUUGGUAUAUCUGUUUCCAUUCUAACAUAUUCUCAAAACAAAUGAAGGUGAUUAUUCCAUUUGGAGAUAUAGAUGAGAUAAGGAGGAGUCAACAUGCAUUCAUAAAUCCUGCCAUAACAAUAGUUCUUCGUAUGGGUGCUGGUGGGCAUGGUGUCCCCCCAUUGGGAAGUCCAGAUGGCAGAGUUAGAUAUAUGUUUGCAUCAUUUUGGAACAGAAAUUCUGCACUAAGAACUUUGCAACGUGGAGCAAAGAACUACCAUACAAUGCUAGAAGUUGAGAAGAAGGAGAAACAACAGUCUGAGUUGCGUGCAAGCAGUAGCUCUCUAAGUAAGAAGCAUGCUAAGAUUCCAGAAGAAAGUGUGUCAAAAAAGUACCAGCCCUUCAUUCAAGAGGAUGUUCUCACUGCCAUAUAUAAGGAUACCUUUCCAACAAGCGUUCAACAGUUUUUUGAAUUACUGUUGAAAGAUGGAUCAAAUUUCAUAAACAAAUACCGGUCAGCCCGCAAGGACACAAACCUUAAUAUGGGACAAUGGCAUUGUGCUGAAGAAUAUGAUGGUGAGGUAAGAGAAAUUACAUUUAGAUCCCUUUGUAAUAGUCCUAUGUGCCCACCAGAUACAGCUAUGACCGAAUGGCAGCAUCUUCUGAUGUCCCCCGAAAAAACAUCUCUCGUAUUUGAAACGGUACAACAGGCACAUGAUGUGCCAUUCGGAUCUUAUUUUGAGGUGCACUGUAGAUGGUCUGUCGAGGCAAGUUCUGAAUCAUUAUGCACUAUUGAUGUAAAAGUUGGUGUGCAUUUUAAAAAAUGGUGUGUGAUGCAAUCUAAAAUCAAGUCGGGCGCUAUCAACGAGUAUAAGAAAGAGGUUGAGAUAAUGCUGGAAGUGGCCCGUUCAUGUAUCAACUCUCGCCAAGACUCGGACCAAUAAAUACAUAACUGAAGCUGAUGUCAUGUAUUAUAAGGGGACAGACAGACAGACAGCAGAGCCACUCGUGGAUACAUACAAUACAAUACAAUACAGUACAUUACACAAUACACAAAGCAAACAUGAGAGACACACAAAUAAAUACGUAUAGGUAUGUUUAAUUAGGGUUAUUGGUUUGCUUAGAAAUGAUAUGUUAAUUCCUCUUGUUGUUCUUGUUGUUGUUGGGACGGUGGACAAGUAAUUGCACCCUGUCUCGUUUGAGAAAGCGUGGUGUGCUUUUCUCUUUUCCUUUCUGUAAUGGAACAACUUCUUCCUUCUUCACCCCACAAUUCUAUUUCUAAAUUAUUACAAUGGACUUCUUUGUGCAUUUCAACUGAUUUAAAUAAACAAAAUUAAGGAAUUGUUAGUAUACAUAUAUUUGUAAUCACAUGGUUUUUUUUAUGAAAUGGAAGUUAACGU